AUGUAUUGGUGCGAACAGCUCAUUCUUAAAUACUGGGAGAGGAAGAGGGCGGUCUUGAUAACUGAUAACCGUGUGCUCCGAACUUGUGAAUCUUUACUGACUUUUGCCGGCAUCUCUUCAAUGGGAACUUGCUGUCCAGAUCCUAGUCGAGCUGUUCAUGAAGAUGGACCAGAUAUUUGCAAAUUUGAUUGUCGAGCUGAUGACGAUUGUUCAAGUAGCCAGAAAUAUUGCUACGAUGGAUGCGAGGCAUCUCCAUUAUCAAUAGUAGGAGAGGCAGAAGAAAAGAAGCCUGAGGUGAAACCCGGCGUUUGCCCCUAUUUAAAUCACAGGCAGUGCAGCGGACAACCUCUCGUCCAUCGAUGUUCACCUGAUGUGGAUUGUGUCGGUGUGCAGAAGUGCUGCGCAGAUGGAUGCACAAGAAAAGGUCUCUAUCCUGAGAAAGCGCUAUGGGCCCGUAUGCAAGUUAUGAAUGAAAUCAGCGGUCUGAUCAUGCACAAAACUUUCUCUGCUGCUUAUAAUCUACCUGCUAUUAUGUGA